UUUGGACUUUGAGGUUAUACUUUGCGUCAUGCUUGCUUGAGUGAAACUGUGAAGAGAUGAUACAAAAUGGUGGUGAUAACAGAAUGAAUUUAAUUAGAAUUUUUAUUACUAAGCAAUUUUGCAUUAGCCUAUUUCUUUAGAGUUAAUAUUCCUUAACCAAUGUAGCUAUGUCUAUCCCUCUUCAUCUCUGAUAAAGGAUGGAAUUUCUACUGGCAAUAAUCUCAUUUUUAUCGUCUUUCAUUGUGGUGAUAGCUAUUGUUUGUCUGGGGUGGUACCUUGUUUGGAAAGUGUUCCUGUCCAACUUCAGAUUCGUCAGAGAACUGUUAGGGGGAAUGUCUGAUGCUCCCCCAGCUGAAGAGGAAUCUCGUAAAACAAGAGUAAAGAGAAUCCGUCGGGAGUAACUUGAGAAUUUAUUUAUAUCAGGGUUAAUAGUUUUAUAUAAAUAUGAACAUCCGUUGUGCAAGACCUGACGAUCUUAUGAACAUGCAGCAUUGUAAUUUGUUAUGUCUGCCUGAAAAUUAUCAGAUGAAGUAUUACUUCUACCACGGGUUGUCCUGGCCGCAACUCAGCUAUGUGGCGGAGGACGAAAAAGGUCAGAUUGUUGGUUACGUGCUCGCCAAAAUGGAGGAGGAUAGCGAGGACAAUCCUCAUGGCCAUAUAACCUCUUUGGCUGUCAAACGUUCUCACAGGAGGCUAGGCCUCGCACAAAAGUUGAUGGAUCAAGCUGCACUGGCCAUGGUGGAGUGCUUCAAUGCCAAGUACGUCUCACUUCACGUCCGGAAGAGCAACCGAGCUGCUCUUAAUCUCUACACUAACACACUAAAGUUUGUUAUAUCAGAGAUUGAACCCAAAUACUAUGCUGAUGGUGAAGAUGCUUACGCCAUGAAGCGAGUCCUGGAAAAACCACACCCUUCACUGAUGAAUUCGGCAAAAGGAGAGUCUAGCGAACAUGAAGAAAAUAAAGGUGUUGUGUCAGAAAGACUUUAAAGUGAUUGGAGCUGCAGACUAUCAUUCAUAGAAAAUUGUGUUCAUAAAAAUAUACUGUUCAAUAUAAA